AUGGAAGAAGAGGCGCUUCAAGCCGAAUUGGACCAUAUUAACAAUUCCCCCGAUGAUGACUCGUUCCUGCCUCGCUCGGAUUCGACCGUUUCUCUGGAUUCCACGAUUGAUUUGAGUGCGUUACCUCCAGUCGAAGAGAAGGAGAAGCCUCCCGUGGAGCACAAUGGAAACAUUGCAGACCGAAUCCAUGUGAACCUUCUCUUUGAAGGAGUUACGAUCGAAUUGUUCCGAGGCAACCAUGGCUAUGAAGGCGUUCAGUCGAGUAAGAAGAUGCGCUCGAAUGUGGGUACUGUGGAGGGAAGCAUUGCUGCUGUGUCCAUCAACGAUUUGAGUGUUCAGGCCUAUAUGCACAACAUGAAUAUCUCUGCGGCCGUGUCUUUGAAGAUGAUCACGAUUCGCGAUUCUCGUCCUGAAUCUCCCCUUUACUCGAACUUCCGAACGCUCUUGCAGAUCGGAGAAGAGAACAUGCCUGCCUUCUCUGUGAUCGUGGACUUGACCAACAAGCCAUUGCGGGAAGUGAGCGACGUUGUGAUUCGGAACGAUAACAAGCAGGACGAGGUCGUAAUGGAUAUUGCCGUAUCGAUGUUUGUGGGUCAGGUGGCUAUGCUGCCCUCUCCUUGGAUCUUUGACAUGCUCGACUGGGCAACUGCGGUUGGCGCGCGUGUGUCGGAGGCGUUCACCGAAGCGGCCUCGUCGGUCUCCCAAUCGAGACCGGCUCUAUCGACUGCGUCCACUGCGUCCGCUGCGCCUGCAAUCAAUAGCGAGUGCAUUGAGGGACAGAGCGUACAGCCCACAGCGGAGGAGCCAGAGGAGCCAGAGGCGAGCGAUGCAUCUCUGAUCCCCAACAUCACUGUGGCGCUUCACAUGCAGCGCAUGGCUGUCUAUAUCUGCGAGGAGUGGAAGGACGAGACGGUGCCGGUGUUCCUGUUCUGCUUUGGCGUCGAAUUGGAUGCGCAUGUCACUCCUUUCAUGGACGUGAAGACCUCGUUGAGCGUGAACUCGCUGCGUGGUCUGCGUUCGAACUCGGAGCUGCGUCUGAUGGUGACUGACGUGCAAGAUGCCAUUUAUCCAUUUGAAGUGGACAUCGAUGUGGCUCUCACAGACUUCCUCAAGAACAUCACCGCAUCGGUAAAGGGCUCUGAUUUGACAAUCCGUCUGGGAAUUCUGGAUGCCAAGCUGUUUUUGAACUUUAUUACGAACCUUCUUCCGAAGGCGAAGGAAGACGAGUCCGGCAAUACCGCCAUCGUGAGCACGCCUCCUUCGCUCGAGAAAUCCCCUGUGUCUAUGGGAAGAAUCAGCGACAUGGCGGAUGUGGAGGACAGCAAGGCCAAGUCCCCGGCGCGUGCCAAAAAGGAGGAGGUUGCGAAGACAGAGCCGGUGCCUCCGAGCGCGAGCGUGAUGCACAUCCGAGCGGAUGUGCUGUUUGAAAAGAUUUCCUUCAUUCUGGUGAACGAUGCCAAGGAGUUCGACCUGCCUGUGCUCCAGUUUAACGUGAGUCAGAUCAAGGUGGGAGCUUGCAUGGGCAACAACCUCUUUGCUCAUGUGAACAGCGCCUUCUACUCAGAUUACUAUAAGGCCAGCCAGGCGAUUUGGGAACCGUUCAUGGAGAAAUGGGACAUGGGAAUCCAUGUGCGCCAGGUAAAGGAUAAGGAAGAGCACGACUUCUACACAUAUGAUAGUGUCACGGGCGGUGAUAAGGAGGAGGAAGAGGAUACGGCAAUGCAUGUGAAGCUCGAUGCUCCUCGCAUUCUGCAGAUGAACUUGACGGCAACCCUGAUUUCCUCCUUGCUGGAUAUGUUGAACGACUUCUUGACGUGCGAGAGUGGCAAGCGAAAGAUGACGAACAACUUCUAUGUGGGUGUGAAGAAUAGCACGGGAUAUACGCUGGAGUAUCGCAUCAAGCAGGAUGGAGACAUUAACAACAUGAUGCUGGAGAUGGAGAAGAAGAAGCUUGAAGAGGAGGCGACGGACCAUGUGAUGUAUGCAGGCGUUGUGGACGUUGUGGAUUCGUAUCGCACACACUGCCGCUGGUUAGAGCUUCACUCGGUGAAGCCGCACAUCCGCCUAUUUAAGCACGUUCCUCUUCUCCAGAACGAUGUAUUCACGAUGCGUCAAAAUUUGGUAGUACAAACGGACAGCAUUGAGAAGACCGAUGCCACUUGUGGUCAUAUCUUCCCUAUCGCGUGCUGCUUGCAAUAUCGGGAUUCCUCUGUCAUUAUCGAACAGUUCGACUCAGCCCGUCAAGAGUCCCUGGUCCAAUCCAUUGAAACGAGCCUUGCGACGGUUCGAACUGUAUCUUCCGCCGAGCUGGAGAGAAUUCGCUCUUCGUAUGCUCCCAGCUGGUUUACAGUGCCUAGCAAGGGUGUAAAGACGACGAUGCCCGCCCAUCCGUCCUUGACGCUGCUGUUCCUCAAGAAGGAAUAUCGGAAGAUUCCCGACCGUCUGAUCAGUCUCCGUUUGGAGGGAUACAACGAGAUCGAUUGCCUCGUGGAUCGUGAUCGCGUCGUGUAUGAGCAGUUAACGAACCCGCAGGGCAAGACUCUCGAUAUCUUGGUUCACAAUCGGGUGAUCAAGGGUCGGAAGGUGAUUGACAUCACCUCGCAGUACUGCGUGGAGAACCUCACGGAGCAGGACUUGGAGAUCACCUUCACCAACACGAUGGCUCCUAGCGCUGCGACCAAGAUUACAAUGGCCCACCGUGACAUCGAAUACUGCCCUCUGAGCGUGAUGCAAAGCCCGUCCGUGCAGAUUGGUAACUACAGCAUGCGCCUAAGUCCCGAGUUGAUAGAGAAUACGAUCCAGCCGUGCAUAAACGUCGGCAGUCCCUCGCUCCCGAAGUAUUUCCAUGUGAGUGUCCAGUCGAAGGACAUUUACGAUAUCUACAACAAGCAGUUUGUGACGCUCUAUCACAUCAUUCUAUCUCCCGUGAUGUCGCUCGCAAACCUGCUCCCUGUUCCGUUGGAGUACAAGAUUUACUUCAACGAGCAGGAGAAGUAUUCGGGCCUUCUGUCCGAGGGCCAGUCGAUCAAGUACAAUGGAGUGCCGCUGAACGCUGAGAGCGAAGAGGAAGCAGCAGUUCGCAUCGCUGUGCGUCCGGAGGGUUUCACGAAGUUCUCUGCGUUGGAGGAUUCGAUGGUUGCGUUCCCUCAGGAGAAGCAGCAGUCCGUAAUGCUGGAGAGACCCAACGGAGAAAAGUUGCGCUUGACCUACAAGGCGAUCGAGAACAUCACGGGCAUUCUCACGAUGCAGCUGUACUGCGAUUUCUGGGUGAUUAACCGCACGGGAGAAGACAUCUUCAUUCACGAAAAGGGUGCCAAGUCGAGCGAACCUCUUCAGCUGCCCGGAGUGGCGGUCCCCACGCUCGACACCACCGACGUUUCGUUCGGAAAGGAGGAGCUGCUCAAGCCCUACAUGUUCUCGUUUAUGAGUUCGGAGAGCCGUUCGAAGGUGAUGGAGUUCAAAACGGCGGAUUCUGAGUAUUGUAAUGAUGGCGUCUCGCUUGCUCUCAUUGGAACGAGUCUCCGAUUCUGCAUGCCUAGUAAGCAAAAGGGCAGUUCCAAUAGCUGUGAGCGUGUUUUUGGAGUAAUUGUGGAGAAUGCUCCGCUUGUCUACGCAUUGACGAACAUUGUCAUCAUUACUCCGGGUAUGUACAUCUCGAACAGAACCAAGUAUGAUCUCAGCUUGCGUCUGGGAGAGAAGGAGACGAAUCAGGUCACGAUGCUGCCCGCCGGAUGCAUUCUGCCUUAUCACUGCCCUGAGCCAACGAAAGAGAUCAAGUUGAGUGUGAAGUGUGAUACGCUCGGGUCCGACUGGACGAAACCGUUUGAUACGAAGAAGGAAGAGCAGGAAGAGCUGUUAACGUUAGAAAAUGGCGAUGAUAACCACUUGCUACGCAUGCGUGCAGGUAUGAAUGCGGCUCAGCGCGAAGUCGUAUUCGAUUUUGCGGAUCCGUUUAACGUGGUGCUGUACAAGCUGAAGCAGAAGAAGAAGUCGAAGUUCUUGAAGCUUAAGAAGGAGGAAGAAGAAGUCUCGAUCAUUUCGUUGCUGAAGGAAUGCGCGAAGGCACAGGAGGAAGGUGUGGAUAUGAGUCAGGCAGUCGAGCGAAUCGAGUCGAAAAUCUCACCGAUGCCAAACGAAAGCGACUUUAGUGAAGACGAAGACGAAGACGAAGAAGUGGAUGAUCUGGCUUCUGAGGAUGAGGAGAGUGAUGUGGUUGAUCCGGAGACAGUCCAUGUGGAUAUCAAUUUUGGCGGAGUUGGCAUCUCGUUGGUCGAUAGUUUCCCUCGCGAGAUCUUAUACAUGUGUAUGGAGUCGUUGAAAAUGGAGCUCAUUAUGUGCGAGAGCAACAAAAUUUCGCUGGGAAUGACGGUACUCAAGUUCCAGAUCGACAGCAAUCUUCCGAAUACAAAGUACAACGUUCUUUUGGGAUCGACGGAAGCUGGCGAGCCAAAUCCUGAAUAUGAUCCGGAGAAUCCGGACCAGGGUCCAGAGAUCAACCCGUUAUUCCAGCUUUCUGUAUCGAUGCCGUACUAUCCAUCUGUUACCAUUAUCGAAUAUUUGGGACUCUAUUUGCAGCCCAUGGUUUGUGCAGUAGACAGUGCGAUUUUGACUGCAUUGCUGAGUGUCGUUUCGGACUUGGCGUUAUCGAUGGAAGAUUCGCAGGAGGUGGAUGGUCGUAAGAUUUUGGACGAGUGCCACGCCUUCAUUCCGGCCAACGUGGUCUCUGGUAAGGUCGGCAAGUCCUACAUUCUUGCGGAAUACUUCAUUCUUCAGCCAAUUAAUAUGAAGUUCUCGUAUCGCAAUGACCCCUCCGCUCCUCUGUCCUCCGCCUUGCUGCCUCAGGACCCCCGCUUGAUGCCGUUGAUCGCGUUCUUGAACACGAUCGUGAACUUGCUGGGCAACAUGGAGAACACUCCGAUUAACCUGCGUUCGUUCUAUCUGAGCAACUACUAUGCGGACAUCUACGCCUUUAUCAUGAAGGUGGUGGGUUUCUAUGGUGCGGAAGUGGUGAAGCAGUCCUACAAGAUCAUUGGUUCCUUGAACAUGAUCGGAAAUCCUGUGGAAUUGGUUGGUGACGUGAGUGACGGAAUCACUGCCUUCUUUACGGAGCCCAUUCAAGGUCUGAUGAAGGGACCGCGCGAUUUCGUGGGAGGUUUAGGUAAGGGCACGACGAAAUUGCUGUCGAUGACGUCCUACGGUAUUCUGAACUCGGUCACCAAGAUUACGGGAGCUGCGAGCGACGGUUUGGCGGCGUUGGCCUUCAGCGAGGAGUACCAGGCCGACCGUGCCGCCGGAAAAUCGAACCUCGUUCACGGCAUAUGGUCGGGCGCGACCGGAAUCUUCACCGAAACGGGUGCCGGAUUUAAGGAGAAGGGAGUGCUGGGCGCUGCGGCUGGCUUAGGCAAGGGUCUGAUCGGCGCUGCGGCCAAGACUGCAACGGGAGCGAUCGACAGCGUGACGAACGUGGUGAAUACGGUGAAGGACAUCGCGCACAAAGAGAAGGUCGUGGAGCCGCUGCGUGCUCCGCGGUACAUCCCGCUGGAUGACGUGCUGGAGCCGUAUAACCAGCACUUAAGCAGCGGAAACGCUCUGCUCGUGAAGGCAAAUCGCGGCACGGGAAUCGAGCUGCAACCCAACGAGCGCUAUGUGAUCCAUUGUGCAGUCGACAAUGGGUCGAACAUUGUUCUUCUCACAACGCACGAACUGGUGCUGAUGUCUCCGAGUGCGAAGAUCCUGGGCGUUUCUCCUUUCAGCAACUUGGAGAUCCACCGCCAUGGGCAGGAGCUGGAGUUGAUUCCGAAGAACUCGAAGCAGAAGAACGAGGUGAUGAAGAAUCUGAGUGCCAUGGUGAAUACGGUGACUUCCAAGGUAGAUGGAGAAUUGAAGCUGAAGCAGGUGGAGCUUCUCUUCGAGUCCGAGAAGCUCGCGUCCGAGAUUGAGCACUACUGCACCAACGUGGAUUUCAUGACCAAGGACGCAAUCGCAGAGAGUGUGCGUCGCAUGCUUCCCGAAAUCCACUCCGAGGCAUCCAGCAGUGAAGAACGCGACACGGAGACGAAGGGUGGUCGGAAGGCCCCGGAUCUGCGAGUCCUGAAGGUGAAGAGCGCGCGGUUGGUGGACAAAAAGCGAGAAGAAGUCAAUGAGACGGGAGUGAAGAAGAAGAUCACGAAGUACAAGCUGGAAGUCGUGUCGCAAGGAGAGAAUCCCGCUCGGUGGAAUGUCUAUAUUCGCUAUGGAGCGUUAGAGUAG